AUGUCUGAGGGCACCGACGAUGCAGACGAACCUCACCAUGAGCAGAACAUACUCGAACACUCCCCACCCGAACUUCUGUACGAGGUAGUCCUCUCCUUCCUCCACCCGCUUGCUCUCCUUCACCUCUCCCGCUGCUCCAAAUUCCUUCGCGGAGUCCUCCUCUCCAAGCACUCCCGCCUUGCGUGGACCAAUGCCUGCCAGAAUGUUGUCCCGAUACGACCGCCCCCUUGCCCUGAAGGCAUGAGUGAACCUGCCCACGCCGCAUUGCUCUUCGAGAAGUUCUGUGAGGUGUGUGGGAGAGACCACGCCGGCCAGCCAGACUAUGCCGCGCGCAAGCGCAUCUGUCGGCACUGUCGACGGAAUCUUGUCGCGCCGGGUCGUGAGAUGGUGGAAGAAUUCAGACGCACCACCUUCGUCAGUAGGCAGCGUGCGCGGGAGCUUUACGACCUCGUUCCUGUCGUCGCCAUCAAUUUCUGCGGCUUUCUCGAUGGUCACAUGAUUUGUCAGUCCGUGGAGGAUGUCAUACAGUUCCACAACGGAGAUUGGUGGGAGACGUUACUGAACGAGUGCGAGCCGUUCACAUCUGAAGACUGGGACAACGUCCAAUGGCGCCUGUGCCCACACCUGGACGCAGCGACUGCCGCCCGUCUCGCACACCUCAACGCCCUAAUCGCCGAAGAAGAGGCGAAAUACUUCAAAACGCGUUUCCGCGCGCGCCGCGCGCAGCUCCGCGUGCACUACACCGAAUUCCUCCGCCGCGCUGCCCAGGAUAUCACGACACACACUGCCGCUCUCAUGCCCGGCUUCGCAGACGCGGAGGACUUGCCAGCGAUGCACGCGCUCGUCGAGGGCGACGGAGACCCCACCGCGCGCCUCGGCUGGGACGCGUUCGCGGAGGUCGCGAAGGCCGUCGUCGAGGAGGCGCAGGACGGCGUGCGCGACCGCAUCCGCGCGCUCGCCGACCUCGUCCGUCGCCACUCCUCGCCGCAAGGCCCGAACGCAGGCUCGCCGCACGGACGCUCCGGCUCUGGAGAUCCCCCAACGCUGGAGGACGACCUCGCGGCGCUCGAGGCCUCGACGGCGCUCUUCACAUGCAGGUGCGAGCGCAUCCCCGCGCCGCGCUCGUGCGGCGUGCGCAUGCCGUUCCUCGCGCUCCUCCAGCACUGGCAGCGCUACCACGGGCGGUGGAAGGCCUGGCACGUGCGCGUCGUCGACGGGAGCCCCGCGGUCGUCGCGCGGUUGCGCGCGAGCCUGGUGGGUAGAGCGCGCGCGUCGGGCGAGGGCACGACGCAUGGAGAGCUGGAGAGGUUGGUGAGGGAGCGGCGGCCGCGGUGCGCGUGCGGGGAGCGGUGGGACUAUGACGGUGAACGGGCGUGGACGAUCGUGGGCGAGAUCCUUGAGCAUUUGCAUGCGCAUAGCGAGCGACGCAGGUUCCCAUUUUUGGGUCUGUUUUCCUGA